AGACCAGACGACCGUGCUUAUCCGAAGUGAUGGCCGUGCUGUAGCUUGCGGGGACAAUUUUGAUGGACAGUGCAACAUUCCACCUCUGGAUGAAGGGGUGUCAUACACGAGGUUUCUGCAGGUACUACCCACGUGGUGCUUCUCCGAAGUGAUGGGAGAGCUGUUGCUUGCGGAAGCAAUGCCCAAGGACAAUGCAACAUUCCACCUUUAGAGCAGGUCAUUUCUCGUGUGGAUGCUGACAUGGAUCGUGUUCAUGCUUGGCUUGUUUUUGUGCAGCGAACCAUUUGGGAACUUCGGCAUGGCUCUUAAAGUGCUAUGCUGAUCCCUGCAUGAUUUACUGUUGAUGUCGUUUGCAAUGGCCUGGGUUUCCCCCCUUUUGUUUUGGGGUUGAUUACUGGCGGGUCUUUUGGUAUUUGUUCAGGGCUUUUUAGCUCUGUGGAUUGGGUGGCGGCGCUGUUCACUCAGUGCCCGUCCACGUGCGCUACUCAUUUGGGGGUAGUUCACUAGUAAAGUUUCACAUAUACCAAUGUUGCUGCAGGGCAUGUUCACACGGUGCUUAUUCAAAGUGAUGGCCGUGCUGUAGCUUUCGGAGACAACACUGCAGAACAAUGCAACAUUCCACCUUUGGAUGCAGGAAUGUCAUAUACCCAGGUUGAUGCAGGGGUUUAUCACACAGUGCUUCUCCGAAGUGACGGUUGUGCCGUAGCUUGCGGAAGCAACACUUCGGGACAAUGCAACAUUCCACCUGUGGAUGAAGAUAUUUUCUACACCCAAGUUUCUGCAGGUCUAGGUCACACCGUGCUUCUCCGAAGUGACGGUCGUGCCGUAGCUUGCGGAAGCAAUGCCCAUGGACGUUGUAACAUUCCACCUCUGGAUGAAGGGGUUUCAUACAUGCAGGUUUCUGCAGGCAAUGUGCACACGUUGCUUCUCCAAAGUGAUGGCGGCGCUGUUGCUUGCGGACGCAAUGGCUCCAAUGGAACUUGCAACAUUCCACCUUUGGAUGAAGGAGUUUGGUACACCCAAGUCUCUGCCGGUGUUUCUCACUCAUUGCUUUUGCUUUGUGAUGGUAGCGCAGUAGCUUUUGGAGAUAAUCACUUCCGUGAAUGCAACCUUCCAUCCUUAGAACCAGGUACUUUCUACCUUUCUGAUACUGAUAUGUUAUCUGGAAGAGAUCGUGUGCUGCAACUGGAUUUGAUCAGUGAUGAUGCCAUCGCGGUGACAUGCUCUGAUUUGGCUGGAGAAGAAGUAGUCUGUUUGAAUGCAGGUGUGUCUGAUCUUGCUUGGAAUAAUCAUAAGGCCAUCGCACGUCAAUUGCAUGAGUGCCUUCAGAAUCUUCGACUGGUCCUGCCAGACGGACAGUUGUUGGCGUCAGUCUGCCGCGCAAAUCCAGGGAUCACCGUUGCGAAUGUAUUUGAACGGCGCAAGCGAGCUCGUCACACAUAGUUUCAGAGCGAACCAAAUGCGUGCCCCGCCUGCGCUGUUCGCAAAAAAAGA